CACGGAAGGGGCGGGACGCGCCGCGCCCCGGACUGUUGUGGAAGCGGGGCUGCGCGGGCGCCAUGGAGCGCUACUCGGGCGCCUUGGAGGAGGCGGCGGACGGGGCUCGGCAGCAGGAGCGGCACUAUCAGCUCCUGUCCGCGCUGCAGAGCCUCGUCAAGGAGCUGCCCAGCUCCUUCCAGCAGCGCCUGUCCUACACUACGCUGAGCGACCUGGCCCUCGCGCUGCUGGACGGCACCGUGUUCGAGAUUGUGCAGGGGCUCCUGGAGAUCCAGCACCUCACUGAGAAGAGCCUGUACAACCAGCGCCUGCGGCUUCAGAACGAGCACCGGGUGCUCAGACAAGCGCUGCGGCAGAAGCACCAGGAGGCCCAGCAGGCCUGCCGCCCACACAACCUGCCAGUACUGCAGGCAGCCCAGCAGCGUGAGCUGGAGGCAGUGGAACAUCGGAUCCGGGAGGAGCAGCGGGCGAUGGACAGGAAGAUUGUGCUGGAGCUGGACCGGAAGGUGGCUGACCAGCAGAGCACGCUCGAGAAGGCAGGGGUAGCCGGCUUCUACGUGACCACCAACCCACAGGAGCUGACGCUGCAGAUGAACCUCUUGGAGCUCAUCCGGAAGCUACAGCAGAGGGGCUGCCAGGUGGGGAAAGGGGGCCUGUGACCGGAAACACCCCCUGCCCAGCACACCUGAGAAGGCAGCCCUGCACCAGAGGCAGCGUUCAGUCACAGAGCUCCCCUUCUGAGGACCGGCCACCCGUGACAGGCCUGCACGUGUCACCACCUGUGUGUGGAAGUGCUGUCCACAUGCAAAGCGGGUGUCAUGAAGAGGAGACACACCCGCCACCUUCCCCACGACUCAGUAGAGGGGACCUGGAGGUCCUAGCACUUCUCUCUCCACGGGACUAUUGCGACCUUCUGCAAGCCCCAGGCCGCAUGCUGCUGCUGCUGCCCUCGGCCCCCUCCCCCAGCAGCUGCAGCCACUGCCUGGGAAGGGCUCCCAGCCCAGUUCCCAUGGGACCCAGAGAAAUAAAGGCGCCUGGGCAAGG